AUGGCACAAAAGGUGAUUGGAACCCAUGACGGCACUUUCCACUGUGAUGAAGUUUUGGCAAUUGCAAUGCUUAAGCAACUCCCCGAGUACAAAAAUGCAGAUAUUAUUCGCACCCGCGAGAUGGCAAAACUGGGCACUUGCGACAUCGUUGUCGAUGUGGGCGGCCUUUUCGAUGCUUCCUCUCAUCGCUAUGACCAUGGUCAGCCGUAAUUCGUUUAAACCCUCCCCAUUUUUAUACGUAUCCGUUCUUAGAUCAUUUAAUCUUACCAUAAAGGACUUCCAUCCUCAUCUGGAACCCGUCGUGAAACUGAGCAGUGCAGGUCUCAUUUAUGCACACUUUGGUAAACGGAUAAUUUCUGAGAUUGCUGGCCGGUUGUAUUCUGACGCGGACUUGGAAACGCUAUUCAAUCAGGUAUGCUAUCUGCUCCUCGGUGUUUUCGAAAACCUAGGUGUAUAAAAGCUUUAUCAGUGAAGUGGAUGCGAUUGACAAUGGUGUGCCCAUCUCAGACAGUCCAACAGCGUAACUCCUUUUAUUAAUAAUAAUGGAUUCAGCUACCAAAUUUCAACUGGACUAAGUAGCCGAGUGGAGCGUCUCAACCCAGCCUGGAAUAAAGCAGAAGACGAAUCAGUAAGUUGCCUUCAGGACUGUUUUAAAAAGUGUAAGAAUUUAAAGAACUGGCCUGGAACCCUAGCCACUGCCCCCAUUUUUGUUUUUCUCUUCUUAUUCAGUCUCGCCUCAUCAGCAGUUAGUCAUUUUCAACCGCAAGGAUUCCGCUUUUUGCUUCUUUCCUUGCAUCAGCCAUCAAUUGGACUGUUGUGUAUGCCAGUGUGACAUCAAAAACUGUUUGAUUUAGCGCAGUACGCGUUCUAUGACCAAGGUUAGGUCCUAGGCUGUCUUUUCUCAGUCGGGACUUCAUUCUCGACUGGUUUUAAUUUACUGUAUCCGUCCUUUGUUCAAUUGGCUACCAUGACCGCAGCGCGUCCGAACAGGAGCUGAAGACGUUUUUGCCAUGAAAUAAUUAGCCAUAGAUAUGUCGGGACUUGCGGAUAAAUCACCCGAGACUACCAUUUUCCGGUAUGCUGUCAGCAACGAGCGCCCAGAUAGAUGAUGAGGUAUCCCUUUUGUGAUCCGGUCCAUCAGCCCAUCUUGCAAUAUUCUCAGUCUGUACUAAAUCAAAAAACAGCUCGUGUGGUGCUUAGUUCGCUUCGCUCAGAGACCAUUUUCGGCAUCCACUCAACUUCGCUGUGUAAGAUAAUGACGUCACCCGCCAACCCCACUGAUGUGUUCUACUCACCACACAGGAUUCUUUCAGAAUACUAUCGCGUCGGUUGAAUUUUGUUUUUAUCGAAAGUAGACGAGGAACCCACGUGUCCUUACUAUUCAAAGCUAGGAAGGAAUGAUCCGAAACCAAUGUGACGAGGGUGUUUGCUAGACAAGUCCCUAGCUCUGCCGACUUAAGACUUUCUUGCUGAAUGACAAUAAGUUUUUCUCGGAGGGAGUGUUUUAUCUGCCAAUAACGUUGGAAGAAGAUGUGUCUCAAAUUUCAGGACUGUGCCUUCCAGGACCUUGUGCGAAGUAUCGGGGGCCAUCUUAAGCCGUAUUUUUGUUUAUAGCGGAAAUCGUCUGUAGGCAGCUACGACAUCGUUUGACCUUUACAUCCUUAACCAGGACAACGGUAGGUACUGUUCACUGAGAUGCGUUUUGGACGUCCGACGUUUCCAAAAGCAAUCCGAAUUCUCCUUCUCUAUGAUUUGACAUGUUUGGUAUAACAUCUUCAUCACAUGGCUUCCAGUUUCGGUACGCCUAUCUGCCUGCCUAGUACUUCGCCAGCGCCGUCUAUAAAGUGACUGUUGCCGCUUAUCUGCUGCUCAGACCACAUGGUCAACCGUCGCUGAACAGCUGUUUUUUUGAAACUGCCUUUCCGAGCUGUUACCUUACUGGAUGGCAUCGGAGUUUAAAUUGGGCUUCACCCUGUAUUUCCUUGUUCCGGAUACUAGGGAGCCGAAACUGUUGAUUGAAUUGCGGGACAUUCAAUACGCGUUUUUUCUUGAUCAAUUGUUUCCUGGUAUUUCCCCACGAAUCUAAUCAUCCUGACCACCAGUGUGCAUCAGCACCUCUGACACUGACAGAUUCUGACUAAUGAAUUUCAUCUUUCUGUUUAACCAACCUGACAGCACUAAAUUUUUUAUUUUCACUGCGAAAUGCUCAACGCACCAGUACCCGUGUUAAAUGCAUGAAUUCAGGCCUCCAAAUUCUCUGUAGGGUGUACAUACUUUCCGCGAACUCUAGUUACUUGCUUCUUGGCUUCGGCACUUUGCUUCGUCCUCGUCGUCAAGAUCAGGCACACUGAGGCCGCAAGUGGAUAGCUAUUUUCACAUGGACACUCUUCCGAACCAUCUUAUUGUUGACCGUGUUCCACUCUAAUUACCAUAACCCCUCAGUCCUUCCACGACAAACUUAAGCGUCGAUACGACCGAAGAGGUCAAUUCCAGGGAGCAGGCCAGAAGAUAUGACCUCGGAAACAAGAGCCUUAGCGGCUUGACGUUCCGGAUACUCACCUGGACCCAGCACCAGGUACAGUCGCAGAUAAGUGUGGUGGAUGAAUGCGGGGCUGCUAAUUAUGGUAGGUGCUUAGUUGCGUGAAAAUUCACGGGAAGACCUAUUCCGGGGUCUGCCGGUAUAUUGUCCUUUCGGACCUUUCGUGUUAUCUCAUGAGUGAAGACCUGUUCCUUCAGACUGGCUGCUAUUAACCGCUAACAUUGGUAUGUGUUAAGUUAGACGUUAGGGGUUCUAUUUUAUGUGAAGAUUUUGUAUGAUUAAAGAAUGAGUAUGGGAGAAGUAAGAAGCCCUUCAAGACGUUGAAAAGCUUAUCUCAAGGCAAAAAAGUGGAAAAGUGGAAAGGGGAAGAUACAGCCGUGGUUAGUAUUUAGUGACCGAUUGAAUUCUCUCAUUUUCAGGUUUUGCUUAUAAUUGUCUGUCGAGCUAAAUGUCCCUCGUCAGGUGCGGUAAAUGAUGACAUUAAAAGUGCCAUCAUCAUGCAUCUAUUGCUCUGUCGUAUUAUUAGAGGGAUUUACCACUUCCGUUCACCAUGUGUUGCAGCAAUGCUUCUCCAAGGCGUUGGCCAUGGUUACUGAGGAGUUGGUGGGUAACGUUAGGCGCCUGGCAUACGUGUGGCUACCAGCCAAAGCAAUUGUAAAGAAUUGUUUUAAUUCACGCUUUUCCGUCCAUCCAUCUGGACUGAUUAUGCGACUGACGCCCGCCGGCUGCCCCUGGAUGGAGCAUUUCUUUGAGCUGGAAAAAGAGCAGAGCGUUGGAGAGGACGCUCCGUCGGAAAAAGGACAGCUUCCUUUCAUCAAACGAACUGUCUUCCUUGUCAAGGAUGGUACUAAGAGAUUCUCCGUCACAACCAUCCCAAUCACCUUAGAUCAACCAUUCUCAAACCGGUAGGUCCCUCGUGUUUUGGCCAUUCUUGGUUGUUGCUGAAGAGGAUUCCGGUCCUAUGUAUUGCGACGGCUCAGAAUGCAAAUCACAAAAAAGCAGUUGUCCGUCAAUGGAUGCCGAAGAAGUACGAUACACUUUUAUGGACGUCACGUGCCUGAUUGAACUUAGUGAUUACUUUGCUCGGUGUCUACCUGACAGUGGAGUCUUUGUUGGGCAUAGGGAAUAAAUUUUACAAUUGAUCGUAAAACAUUGCAUUUUAUUAUGCUACUGGAGAUGAGACUUUUACCGCAUUCGAUUUCCAGACUACAAAUAAGUUAUGCUUCCCGACUGAACUAUCCGUCAAGGGAUGCACAUAAUGUGGGAUACACCUUUUUGGAGUGUCAUGUCGUGCCAUAUGCUCGAUUGCGCGUAGUUAUUACUUUGAUAGGCCUCCACCUGACACCCGGCUCUCACAGCUGGCUCCUCUAAACUGUACUCUGUGCACCGGCCACACUGCACAGAGUACAGUUCCUCCUCACCCACUUAUCUGGUGUUUGUAACACCAGUAGACAGGGAAUUUGUGCCAAGUCAGCUACUGUGCAUGAUCUAAUUUCAAGUCAGCGUGACCCGAGCUUGUCACUGGGAAGACGGAUGAAAAACGAUUCUUUAUUCACUCCCUCACUGGUGUCUGCCCUGUUGUCUGACUAGAUAGUACGCAGUCCUUCCUUCCCGAAAGCUCAUAUCGGAGUUCUUCGUCCUCUUAGAACCAGUAUCGCUGCUGCCGGCAUGCAUGACCGAACACUUGCAGUGUGACGGCUUCGAUUGCCCCCUCACCCAGUCUUCGCAACUGGGUCUCCACGAUGACAUUGCCUGUUAGGACUUGCGUUUUUCUAGUUUGAGAGUCAGUAAAUAACUAAACCGUAAUCGGCGUCCACUUGUAUCCAAUAAUACACUGAUCAUCUUACUAAGUUUCGCCUAGCUUGCGGUCACCUACGGGGUUGCAGUUAAUGCCGCAUCUUUGAGAUGGCAAGGCGGUGGCCAAACCAUACUUCUGCACCACAAAAUUGCCUUGUUUGACGGCAUGUCCCGUUGAUCACGUCCUGUGGUGAGGACGUGCUCCAGCAGUUUCUGGUAACGCGAUCAGGGAAUGGAUCCUCGUAGUCUUCUUCCGGUUUGGAAGACCGAGAGGUUGUUGCUGAUAAGAAGAUUGUGUUUUUUCAGGGAGGGUGAAGGAGGAGGAAGCGACUGCCGUCGAAGCCGCCGAUGCCAUAGCAGCAUCUGACUUACACUCUUCCCACGUUCACCGUAUGCCAAGGUCAGGACGUAGCCAAAAGCCAGUGGGAAAAGAUGCCAUUAUUUUGGCUGAUGGGGUUAGAGCCCCUUGUUUUACGGUUCACUGUGAUUCCUCUAGAAAAAAUCUCAGCCUGUAUGAAAUCGACCUCCACAUCGCAUUUUACGCGGCAGGUCCCAACGCCAUUGUUAAAUGUUCUUCACAAUGUCCGUGAGGAUGGUACCUGCAAAAACGUCUGCGUGGUUGGCAUUCAGUGUUGAUGUGCACAUUUCUAAACUGUGCGUUUCCUACCAAACCUUGAAUCCUUUAAUUACUGAACUUUGUCCGCAUAACCAUCCACCAUUAUGGUUUUGUGCUAUAUCAACAGACAGGUUAAAAGUUAGAGAAAACCCGCGUUUAAAGUUACUUUUUCUCUGAGAACUGUAAUUCACUAGAUACAAGCAAGGAAUACUGUACACACUGCCUUUCCACGUGUGCGAUUUUCACAGGUGAUGGCAGCGAUGUUCAACGAGGGCGUGCAUGCUGCUGUGUACUCUCUGACUCGCAGGCAUUCUCCCUGUUUCUUUUUCUGUUGGACACCUAUUUGACAACGUUGAACGCGUUGAUUGGGUUCGGGCACAUGACAGAUUGACCGUCGCUGCCGACAAUGUCCACCGUGGACGCACGCAGGGACGGUGACACGCGCGUGAGCUACUUUACUAAUGGUUAUGGGCUUGCGCAGCAUCUACCGCACACUCUCCUCCCUCAUCUGUUUGGACCCGGUGCCAAGACAGAAUCAAGAAGACCGGUGGGGAAUUGGGCGCAGUGGUAAACAUGGCCCAACGGCCCGUUUUCGUGUGCCACACGCCUGGUGCGCGCACAAUGAACGAGACUUCGCGCGCCCUAAUUGAAGCGUCACCGUCUGCUGUCCAGCCUCACGCCUAUUUCAGUGGCUCUCAGACUCGAGAUACUUCUUCAAAGAGGGUAGCAGCUUCCUCAUGCCGAUUUAGAAGAAUGCGAGAGUUGAAGACGUCUUAGUCAUUGUGGUCUGGUUUUUUCUCGAAAAAAGUGAAUAGAAGCACCUAAAAAGAGGUAGUAAAUGGGCAACACCAACAAUUUUCCAAUUCCCGAAUAAUUUUGGACCCGCUCUACCCUCACACUUGGAUUCAGGGCUUCCAAACUACAAGCCGUAUAUUUUUCACGUACGGAAAACCACACAUUUCCCUACGAUAAUAAAGGGGAGGUGCUGUUUGAGAAACUUGAAGGAAUAUUUCCCCGGAAUGAAUUUAAAGCAAGCAAGGACCAUAUAGGGUUCAUCAAAUUAAGCAGUGGAUUUGAUCCAUACUGUUAACUUUACAAGCCACAUUGGUAAAUGCAGAGAAAUGACGAUUUAUGAACGACCAUUUCACGGUAUUUAAAAGUCCCACAAUUAGAAACUUUUUAAAAACCGAAUUAUGUUCCUCCUUUGAGCAUAAAAUCAGAAGAAGACGUAAGUAUCUACCGAAUGAGCAAAAAAUAAAUAUUUUCAUGCAUGUUUUCCAUGAAAUAUAAAUGAACUUUUAAGGACAUCGGAACUCAAUGAGAAAAACUCAUGCUACUUAAUUAGCCAUUUUUACUGAAUGUAGUUUUGGUAUGCAGCCGGAAAGAUGUUCGUUCGAAAGCCGGCGUCCUGAGGUUACUGAAUUAUUAUAGAAUUAUGCUGCUGGAUGAUUCUUUCUCCGACUCUACUUAAUUAAUCUUUUUGAAACGAAGACGCAUUUCGGAAUUUUGGUUGACGUUUCAUGAGUUAACCCACCCACUGUAUAGUUCGUAUGGUGGAUGGGGCACAGUUUCAUAGUUUGGCAGGCUCCACCUCUUGGCGACGGCACCCUAAACAUGCAAUGCAAAAGGAUUGAGCUAUUUCGACUCAUCAGAGACAGUUGUACUGACACUUCUGGAGUAUUUUUCAGUUGCCUAACUGCCGUGGCCCAUGCACCAACUUUCAGGAAGUUGUACUGGACGAUGCCCGCAGAGGAUCAUCAAACUGUGACCUUGGACGUCAUGGGUGGUAGCUGAAUUUUAAUGUUUUUUUGUGGUUUCAGUUCUGUGAGUCCAUUGUGUUAAACAGUGACGAUUGACAUGAAGUACGCUAUGGCGCGGACCGGAUUUGGGUCGUUUUCCUUUUAAGUAAGCAGCAUUGGGCAAUUUUCAAAAAGGCGCAUUUACUUCCUACUAAGUUCAUUCAUUAUCCAUUUGUCAGUCUGUGAUCUUUCCCAAAGUCUGGGGGCGUCGGGAAGAAGUCUAGUUGUGUUGCAAGCUGGAGGGCUGUUUUCUCUGCACUCCUCAUCGUAAAGGGCCGGAGGGGGUUUGUCGGCAUCCUUUUUCGAGACUAGUUUCUCUGAAGUCCAGGCUUGAGAAGCGGCCUUUCCCUGUUCAAUGUAAUAUGAGGAGAUUUCGGAGCAUAUCCUCAGCCUCUGUAACUUUCCAGAGAGUUCUACUACUCACCGAGUUGAAUGCUAUGGCGAAAGGAAGAAAGUGAUCGACUUCCACCAAAUGGAAUAGAGUAUUUCGGUGUCGAUCAGAAGGUAAAUAUCUGAUAAACGCGCCUAAGCCAGGGCGAAUUCCGUUUCAGUCUCUUUCCUAUCUGUUAUCUGGCUGUCUGGUCUUCUGUCGGAAGGACUGACUUCUAUGCCCCCCUAAACAGAACAUGGGAAUAGGAAUGCCCCGCCUAAGUAAGAAACGUGGACCUGCACAUAAUUCCUGAAAUAGCAAACUAUUCCCGCGCCUUAAUCUCAAUAAAAGCUUUAAUAUGCAACCAGAUUGUUGCCCCAAUUUUGAUCCUAACCCUAACCCUUACCUAUGCAGCCUACGCUAGUCCCUACCUUAACGUUGAACUUGCUCCUGACUUAUCUUACCACUAACUUUAAAUCUGGCCUUAAACCUGGCCCUUAUCUCACUGGAAGUUGGCUCAAAGCCACCCGUAUUGCGGGCGGUUCCUGUUGUCGUGUCGGGGGCCAUAUAGCUCAGUCCUACCCUUCUGUCAUUCGUGACUGCCAGCUUUAGCGUAGAAAAUGUGCGUCAAGAGGUAGUUGUUCAUUGUCUUCGCCCCUUUGAUUCCGGCCAAUUUUUUCACAUUUUUAGUUGCGUGACCAUUGCUGGACUCUUAUGUGCCUCCUCAGCAAGUGCAAACCAGAUAGCAUCGUUCAUUAAACAAAGUGCUUUUUGUAGGGUCAUGUUUCCAGAGCCAUGGGCUGGCAAAUGCGGUCGGGAACUGGACAAGGUCGUAGGUAUCAGUGGCUGCAUCUUCGUCCACUCAAACCGCUUCCUGGGCAUACACAGGACCCGGGAGGGAGCCGUCGAAAUGGCCAAACGUGCUCUUAGGGCCGCUGGUUAUUUGUAA